UACCGUUUCAACCGUCACUGCUCAACGUUGCUGCUGUUCAGUGUGCUCGGUUACCACCUCAGGUCUAUAAAUAACUGUACAUGUGAAAGGCCGUAUCUAUCCAAUCAUCGCAGACAGCUGAGGACAAUUGGGCUCCUUGUACAGGUUGUCUAUGUCCUAACCACCUCACUCCUUCAUUCGACAACUUGAAUGAAGAAAUAUUAUCAUACGAGGGUGACUUUACACGUCUUACGCACUCCAAUGAGCCACCUUCCCCAGGAGAAGUGCAUGCUUUGCACUCCAUGCUUUCAAAGGCAGAGAAACGCAUUGCUCUGCUGGAAAGUCAUAUACAGCAAUUGGAUGAAAUGACUAAAUGUCAAAAACUGUCAGGGAAUCGAUGGUAGAGGAAUUCUAACGAAUGCGAGAAUUAGUUAGAGUCAGACGAGAACCUCUGAGUGCUAUUCGACGCUUACCUGCAGAAGUCCUUACCGAGAUAUUUCGCUAUACCGUCGAAAUAAUGCCUCCAAAACGCUGGAUCUCCGCAAAUGACUCAAGCCACUGGGAAUUCCAACACAAGGAAAGUCCCCUUUGGAGCAUCGAGCUGGUGUCACGACGAUGGAGGGAGGCAUUGCUUUCGCAUGGGAAAUUAUGGUCGUUCAUCAUCAUACAAGAUGUCUUGAACUUUAAGAGCAGGACACCUCGGGAACUUACUCGGUUUGCCCUACAUCUGCAGCGUUCACGCCAGUAUCCGGUUUCCCUCUCCCUUCAUUGCUCCGGCAAUGCCGAAGGCGAGGAUUCCAUUCCAGGCGAGCUCUUUGCCUUCCUGGUUAUGGCUUCGCACAGGGUGGAGACCCUUUGCCUCUACCUCCGACCAUCCAUGCUGGUGUCUUUUGAGCCACUUAAUUCAGCCUUCCGAUCAUUGCGCACACUCAUUGUGUUACCAAACGAGUUCACAGACUACCCACGACUUGAAGCUUUCCAACUUGCCCCAAACCUUCGACACAUUGAGCUUUGGGACGUAGAAAUGCCUCUUGACAAAUUUUCAUUUCCGUGGAAUCAGAUCACUGUGUACAAGAACGUAAAUUGGGGAAUCGGGAGACAGUUUCGACUACCAUAUGAGGACACCAUACACCUCCUCAGCAAGAUGCCUAGCAUUGUCGAAUUUGAGAUAGCAUAUCUUUGUGAUUUUUGCCGCAGAGGGUCGCCCGGCACUAGCGUACCUCUGCCAGUGACUUGUUCACAGCUAACCUCCCUGAAAUUGUCUAUCGCGAAAACAUCUGCAAGCAACGUAUUAGACCUACUACUCAACGAUCUCAUCCUCCCGUCCCUUUCCUCAUUGGACAUUGAUUGCCAGGAGACAGAGAUCAACGCUUACAACGAAGGAGAGCAGCUUUUUCCUGCCAUCCUCGAACUACUGCGCAGGUCUCGCUGCUCACUGCGUGAACUGCGGUUCAGGCAUGCACUUGUGGAUGGAAAUGACCUUCUGGAAGUCUUUCGGUUCUCGCCCUCCCUCUCAUGUCUCCAGUUUAUCAACGUUGGCCAGGAGGCCAUCACAGAUGACAUCCUCGUACGUCUCACGCUUUCUUCUGAUUCAGAAUCGGAGUCGGACACGGAUUCAGAGUGGACAAAGGGAGCAGGGGGGGAAGGAGCAAGGAGAGAAAGAGGAGCCCGAGACAUUUGUUCCAUUCCUGAGCACCUUUCAUCUUGUAACGGACGUAUCUUUCAAAAGCAAUACGUUCGUUCAAAUGGUGAUGUCUCGUUGGAGUAUUUCAGCUGUUGAGAAUGGUACAGAUUGGCUCCAGUCAGUAAAGCUCGGAUGGGUUGGAUGGGAUCCGCUGUAUGAUCUUGAAGACGUAAACGAAAUCCUAUCGUGUUUGGAGCCGUGUCGUCCUAAGGGAUGUCAGCUAAAGGUAUACUUUGGUUCUUCGGACGAACUUCUCCAG